AUGAAGUAUUCCUUGAGUCUCAAGAAACCAAAAAUUAACAUCCUCCAGGAUGUAGUGAUACAGCCGCCUUUGCCCAAACUGCGUAGACUUGCAGAUCUACCUGAGGAAGAAAUUGAAAAACUAAAAACAAAAAGUGAGGACGCCUCCACUUCCGCUGUGGAAGACUCCCAGACACCUUCCCAGCUAGAUAUAUCAGGGCUGGAGGAGCCGUGCGUCUCUAUGACGCCCUCACUGUUUGAGGGGUUAGAGGCGCACGGAAAAAGCUUGUCUUUCCUUCGUAAUGUUUACGGAGUUACGGAGGAAGACGAACAGAGGCAGAGAGAGCAGCAAGAGCAGCAGGAGCAGGAGCAGGAGCAGCAGCAACAGCAGCAGGAGGAGCAGCAACAACCGGUCCGCAAAUCACCAUCACCACCGACGUCUCAACCAACACCUGCCCCUGAUACACCUCAUCCUGCUGCACCUGAUGAUUCGGGUGAUGAAUUCGAAGACGAAGACAAUGCAUCUACAUUAUUGUAUAAUUUUAAGUGGAAGUGUAGGGCAGCGCAGGACAGACAUAAUACGCGACAAAGGGAACUAGUGCAAAAACAAAAAAAGUGCAAAAAAAACAUUAAAAAAUUAGCAAAUCAAAUUGCAACUCUCCAAAGACAGUUAGUGGAAGAACAAAGUGAAUUGCGGGGUGCAGAAAACGAAAUGAAAAAAAUGAGUGUGUGUGUGUGUGUGUGUGCUCCUGCGGAAGUAUAUAUCCAAAUCAAUGGUUUUGCCAAACAAUAUCCUGUAGCAUUUUCGCUAAAAUUUUUGGAACCACUAUAA